AUGUCUGAAUGGAAGUUCAGUGGGCAUACCCUUCGCGAGAUCUACAACAGCCUGGGAUCCCCCUGCCAAGCGACAUUAGCUAAUGGCAAGACAUUCUCAGGAAACCUUUACAAUGUCGACCCAGAAACCUUGACGCUCCUUAUUCUCCAGGUGCCACCAACACCAACACCAAUACAGGAACAGAGUUCGGAGCAGGCAAAGGAUACGAUAUUAGAGACGAGCGAACAACAACAACAACAAGAACAACAACAGCAAGAACUUCCAUUGCCUGAAGAUGCCAGGAAGCCCCAGGACCAAGAACCCACACAGACUCAGACUCAGGCACAGGUGUCACUCUCUACAAACCAACAACCUACGUCAAACGUGACUCUCGCUACGAAUGGGGGCACGCAGAGGGUACGACCAACUAUGGUGGCGAUCCGUCAGCAUGCGCUCAAAUCCUUUUCCAUUGAGGGUAGUCGCUUGACGACAGAGACGAUGGAAGCUCUAGCAGGUCUACCAGCCCCUCCCAACAUCUCUCCUGUCGACAUUGAGUCCCGCAAGCAGAGUAUCAUUACCAUGCUCGACUCGGACAAGCCAGCCAUGUCCAACUACCCGCCACCAAACACAGGCUACUACCCGCCUCAGCCCCAACAACAGCCCCACUAUGGCGCACAACCACAGCCCCAAUACGUGCCCCUCCAACAGCAAACCCAAUGGGGUCUCCAACCCACUCCUCCAGAACAACAACAAAACUACUACGCGCCUCAGGGACAACCCAUGCCUCCACCCACCUACGACGGCUCUAUCAACCCAGACUCUGGCCUGCCCACCAAAUUCAACCCAAAACCAAAAUACAAUGACCUCUGGGCCGCUAUUCUCUUUGCAGUCCAGUUCGCGGGUUUUGUGGUCUUGAGUUAUUUCGCUAUUUCGAAUGCGCUGAAGACUGGGUCGGGUCCUGGGGGUGCCAAGGGGAUUGGAAGUUUGUUUUCGAUGGGCGGGUUGAUUACGCUUUGUAUCUCUGUCGGUGUAGGUGCCAUCUUUAGUGUGGCCUACUUUUUUUUGACGGUUGCCUUCCCGACCUUCGUCAUCAAGGCUACGUUGUUGUUGAGCAUCUUGUUGUACUUGGCAGUGGCAGCCUACUACCUGUAUCUCCGCAUGUGGAUUAUUGGAGGCAUCGCCCUUGUCUUUGGAGUCCUUUACGCUUUCAUGUGGUUCGCCUGGAAGUCUCGCAUCCCCUUUGCCAGUGUGAUGUUGAAGACAGUGACCUCGGUCUCGCGCGACUACCCCGCGACCUACGCAGUCUCGUUCCUGGGUCUCGUCGCCCAAGUCGCCUACAGCAUCUACUUUCUCCUUGUCUUUGCCGGUGUCUACGACUACUACUUCAACUCUGGAACCGCCUCUGGAAACGACCGCUCGGCUUUGUUCUAUGUCCUCGUCGUCUUUGCCGUCUUUUCGUUCUACUGGACCUCCCAGGUGCUGUCUAACAUUGUCCAUACGGCCAUCUGUGGAGUCUUCGCGACUUAUUACUUCAUGGCUGGAUCCCCACAGGGUAUGACCAAGUCACCCACCAUCGAGUCCUUGAAGCGCGCGUGCACAACUUCCUUUGGAUCUAUCUGCUUUGGAUCCCUGGUCAUUGCGAUCAUCCAGACGCUGAGGUUUGUUGCGAACAUGGCCCGUGGGGAUGGAGACGGUAUCAUGGCAUUCGUCGCCUGCUGUAUCGACUGUAUCCUCUCCUGUCUUCAAGGAAUCGCCGAGUUCAUCAACAAGUACGCGUUCGCCCAAAUCGCCAUCUACGGAAAGCCUUACAUGCAAGCCGCCCGCGACACAUGGACCAUCAUUCAGGACAGGGGAAUCGAACAAAUCAUUAACGAUAACCUUAUCGGAAACGUCUGGGGCAUGGCGGCCAUCUUCUCUGGAUUCCUUUCGGGACUGGGUACAUACUUGUACCUUCACUUUGCAAAGCCCGCGUUUAACGCCAAUGACCAGUUGACGAUUGCGUUGGUUAUUGUGGGCUUUGUGAUGGGUUUGCAGAUCUGCUUUACGGUCGGUACAGUGAUUGACAGUGGAGUUGUCACGACGUUUGUUUGUUUGGCCGAGGACCCUGCGGCUCUGGCGAGGACCAAGCCAGAUUUGUUUGCGAGGAUCCAAGCUACCUGGCCCGAGGUCGUUCAGGGCGUUCAUUACUAA